CCUUGCUCCUACUAACCUAACCUACACAGCAGUCAAGAUAGACUAAAUCAUUGCAGAUUGAGGCCUAGCUCAAACUGCAAGCUAUCAAGUUGCAACCCUCAAAGUGUGUAUUGUCUCAAGUAUGGUCUUUGGCACAUCAUUCAGAAGGUUAGCCCCAACAGGACUAGCUGCAGGUCAAACGGCUGUUCUAGUACUAUUGCUACUACUGUCUGCUACUCAUACAGACGGCAGCCAAUGGAGCGAUUGGAGCGAUUGGAGUAAUUGCUCAAGCACAUGUAACAGAGGGAUUACAUCAAAGAGAAGAGAAUGUUUAACUGAGAAUAAUUGUACAGGACACUCUGUGGAAUUUAAAACUUGCAUAGUCAAGGAAUGCUCUACAACUAAGAAAAAUUUUAUCUUCAGGGACAAAAUUUGCUCUAAGCUUGAUAACAAAUAUAGGAUUGAUUCAAAUUUUCUAUUAUGGAAGGCCUACAGAGGCUCUGGUAACAGAGUAUGUAGUGGGGCCCAGUGCUCCUCGGGUUUAUACAGGAUGUAUGUCAAGGACAAUAUGGAUGGUGCCAGUUGUGAUAGAGAUGAUGGAAGUGUUGGAAUUUGUUUGGGGGAAUUUUGUGCACCCCUCAGUUGCAAUAGUGUUCUUGGAGCUAAAGAUGUUGUGUCACGUUGUUUACACUGUCCUCCUUAUAAGCCAUCUCAAUCCUCAAGAAAAUGUACCAAAUUCUUUGAAAGUGGUAACAGUAAUUCUCACCUAACUGGGGAAAUUCCUGUGGGAGCUACUUCAAUCAGGAUUACAUGUUCAUCAUGUAGUGUAGUACUUCAAACGAAGUCAUCGGAUCGUGUGAUACUAAAUAAGGACACACAGCCAUUCACAAUAGGUGGGACCGCCUUUCAUUUACUACCAAACUCUUCGGUGUUUGUUGCACGGGGGCCACUACUGAAAGGAAUAAGAGUUGAGGUGGAGAAUGGUGGAAGUAACCAGACAUCAGAGCAGAGUAUAGAGUAUUAUAAACUAGUGGAUGGUGAGGAGAGACUCACUGAGAAUGGGAAUGAGACUGUUGACUGGAAGUAUGAUGAAUUUGGUCCUUGUUCUCUGACAUGUGGUACAGGUCUGGAAGUAGCUCAUGUCCACUGUAGAGAUAGCGAGUUUCCUGAUAAAACCCUCCCCGACUUAUUCUGCUCUUCAAACUCUCCAAAACCGUUCCCUAUUGUCAGAAAGUGUAUCAGACCCCUAUGCCCCCCAAGAUGGAAAGCUAAUGAUUGGGGAAUAUGUCCUGCAAUAUGUGGUGGAGGAAUUCAAAGACGAACUGUCCAGUGCAUUCAAAAAGAUCAAAAUGGCAACGAGAUUGUAAAAAGAGAGAGCGAUUGUGAAGGAACUGGUGAGAAACCAGUCGCAGAAAGACCCUGCAAUACUUAUGCAUGUGGAAUAUGGACCACAAGUCCUUGGAGACCUUGCAGUCAUAGCUGUGGGGAUGGUGGAAGUCAGAAUAGAACUGUCACUUGUGUUGAUUACAGAGGAGUGGAGCUGAACCCAAUUAGCUGCUUUCAGUUGAAGCCUCCAUCAGUCCAGCCUUGCAAUAAUGGGCCGUGUCAUUAUACUUGGAGGAAUGAAUCAUGGAGCUCUUGUAGUACAUCUUGUGGGAAUGGCACUCAGAGUAGAUUGGUCUAUUGCAGUAAUCAACAUUCUGAGAGAGUGAACGAGUCACUGUGUCUAUCCUCUACUAAACCGAUCGGUAGCAAGACAUGCUUUGAUGUGCAGACCUGCAAGAAACAAUGGUAUGCAUCGCCAUGGGAAGAAUGUCAAGGUUCUUGUGGAUCAUCAUAUCAAACACGAAAAGUUGCAUGUCAGGCAACUGUAAGUAACCGUAUCAUUACAGUAUCAGAUGGAGCUUGCAAUGAAUCCUUAAAACCAGCUCAUAAUCGUCCCUGUAACAAGUCUGGCUGCAUAUACUGGAAUGAAGGAAGCUGGAGUGAAUGUUCAGUCACAUGUGGUGGUGGUACAAAGCAAAGGACAGUUCAGUGUAUCAAUGGAGCAACAGGUCAGCCUGCUACUGGCUGUGAUGAGUCAAAGAAACCAUCAGAGACUACAUCCUGUAAUUCAUCAUCUUGCAACACAAACUGUAAAGAUUUCACUGGCUAUGACUGUAACGAAAUGAAAAUAGCGCAUGGCUGUAACUUAUACUUUAUGACAGUCUAUUGCUGUCAAACAUGCUCUCAAUCAUAAAAUGUUAUAACCUUUUAAUUAUUAUAUGUAUUAUAAAUGCAUCAUUAUUACUAUUAUUAUUAUACUUAUUAUUAUUAUUACUAUCAUUAUUAAUCACAUCACUAUACUUGGCUGUAAACUCACUAUUAUUAUGAUGGUCCCUCCACUUCUAAUCUACACUAUAAUACCAUGUUAUGCUAAUUUUGUAAUAAAUAUGAAUCACUGUCAUUUUGUAUGUUUACUAUUGAUAUCUUUUACAAUUUUAAUGCA